AUGACCACUCCGGAAUCCAACAAAACCAAUACCGAAAUCUCAAAAACUCUCAACCAGAACACCUCACAGAAUACAGAAAGCACGAUGGAAAAGAUAAACUCUACCAUCCUGAAGACGGCUCUAGAAGCCAUUCCUAAACUAACCGCUGACAACUACACCUUGUGGAAAAAUCUUGUCGAUAACAUGCUCGACAUUCAAAAUCUUCGAGAAGCUCUCACUUCGGAGAACGGAACUCUUACUGACACUCAAGACGUUCAACUCCGGACUAUCAUCACCUCCAAAAUUGUCAGCUUGCUACUAUGGUAG